GACAGUCUUCACAUAUCUCCAUCAAUUCACAGCAUCAUUACAAAGCAGGAUUAGAGCUGCAAUUGCAUCGCUGAAGCUCGACAAGUGAAAGUGCCAAAUCAUUCCACGAAAUCGGUCCCUGCAUCGAUAGAGUUUCAGCUGGGUUUGCGCUGAAGAGAGCUUCUUGAGCUGUGCCGACGUCAAAAUCCGAAUAAAUCUGCACAAUGGGGCAAUACUUUCACGACCUCCUGUACACCUUGACGAACUGUAUGAGCUGCUUUCCUGGCUCUCCGCAGCUGAAAAUCAACAAUCGCAGUUUCAAGAUCCUGCGAUUGCUGGGAGAGGGAGGGUUCUCAUACGUUUACUUGGUCCAAGAUACAGGAAAUGAAGCUCAAUAUGCCCUUAAGAAGAUUCGAUGUCCAUUUGGGCAAGAGUCGGUUGCGCAAGCUUUGAAGGAAGUCGAGGCUUAUAAUCUAUUUUCGCCCAACCCGAAUAUUAUUGCCAGCGUGGAUCAUUGUGUGAUGGCGGAUCGAUCAGACCCGGGCGCGAAGACAGUAUAUAUACUUCUACCGUACUACCGACGAGGAAAUCUACAGGACAUCAUCAACGCGAAUUUGGUCAAUCAUACGAAGUUUCCAGAAAAGAGGCUGAUGAUAUUAUUCCUGGGAGUAUGCAAAGCAUUGAAAGCUAUGCACUAUUACAAAGUGGCAGGAGGACCAGGUGGAGCUAGGAGCCUCCAAAAUGCGAGGAAGAUCCGAGGCCAAGCUGCAAGAGCUGACCAAGAUGCGGAAGAGGAGGUUGAGCAGCGAAGAGGGAGACAAAAGGGAAGAGAGCUUGAUCCGGAUAGCGAGCAACAAGAGCCAUUGAUGGAUAAUGAGGUGACGCAGAGCCAGGAAGGCGUUGCACCAGGCGAAAUCAGAGCCUAUGCGCAUAGGGAUAUCAAGCCAGGAAAUAUCAUGAUAGACGACGAUGGCGAACAGCCGAUUCUCAUGGACCUGGGAUCAUUAGCACCAUCUCCCACGCCUAUCACAUCAAGGUCUCUGGCCCUUGCGGUGCAAGACCAAGCUGCGGAACAUUCAACAAUGCCAUAUCGGGCACCAGAACUAUUCGAUGUUAAGACUGGAAGUACAAUCGACACGAAGGUCGACAUAUGGUCUUUGGGAUGUACACUAUAUGCUUGCCUUGUAGGCAAGUCGCCCUUCGAAAUGCGUAGUGAUGAGACCGGAGGUAGCUUGAGCCUCUGUGUUCUAGGAGGCGACUGGAGAUUCCCAGACGAAGGUGCUGGAGGAAAGAAGAAAGCUACCAAUCAACCUGGACAAACGGAAGAUAGCGAAAUCCACGAAAGCAUCCGAGAAGUGGUGAGGAAAUGCUUGAAAGUCGAGGCAGCCGAACGACCAGAUGUCAAUGAGCUCAUUGAGAUUGUGGAAGCGGUAAUUGCAGAAUUACCAGAAGAUGGACACUCAUGAUCGUGAUGUACAGUUGUUUUUGUAUCAUUCUCCAGAUAUAGGCGUUUGGGUCGUUGCUAGCUAGGGGACAUCAGGUUCAGAUAAAUAUCAGUCUGAGCUCGUACUAGUCCAUCGAAUCAUGCAUUGGCGCAAGGUUCAAAUUUAGGGUUACCACAAGAAGCAAUUUGAGCG